UCCUUCCUCUUCCUACAACCAGAGCCCAAGAACUUCUCUCUCUCUCUCUCUUGUUAUGGUCAAAAUCUACCAGAUUGAUUUCAUCUCAUUCAAGUCCUUGGGAGAGUUUCUGUUUCUUGAUUUUUUGCUUUCGAGAAGCACUUCCUUUUAGAGUCCAACCUUGAAGCCUGAGGUUUCUGAGGCGCUCUGGUCAUCUCACCACCCCCCCCCCCCCUCCCUCCCUCUCAGGCUAUUUGUAAGAUUUUUUUUGUUUUGAUCCUUUUGUUGGUAAGAGAAGUGUGAUUGGAAGAUUUCGUGAUUAUCAAUUCAACCAACGGUUUCUCCAGGUGGGGAGGAGACCAUUACGAUGGAGAGACUUCGGCAGAUUGGAGAGGUUCUGGGGAGCCUGAAGGCUCUCAUGGUUUUCAAGGAAGAAAUUAAGAUCAAUCGAAACCAAUGCACGGUGUUGGUUGAGAUUUACAAUCUUGGGUUCGACGUGAUUGCCGAUGAGAUGGCGCAGAAUCUGAAAUUCGAAGAGAGGUUAACGAAAUGGAAGGUUUUGGAUCAGCCAUUGAGGGAACUUCACAGAACUGUGAAAGAGGGGGAAGCAUACAUAAGGCAGUGCUUGGAGCCAAAAGAAUGGUUAGUCAAGGCAAUUUGCCUUGCACAGAACAACGACUGCGUUGAAUUCCACAUCCAUAACUUCUUCAUGUGCUUUUGUAUUGCCAUGGAAGCGUUAGAAGUUGCAAGCGAGGUUGCGGGUUGUGAUCAGUGUGAGAUUCAGAAGAAGAGGAUUCUCAUCUCCAAGAAAUAUGAGAAGGAAUGGCUGGACAGGAAGCUUUUUCACUGGAAAUUUGGCAAACAGUACUUGGUGACAAAUGAUACACUGAAGAAAAUAGAAGCAGCUUGGAAUUCAGAUAGAAGGAUGUUAUUGGAUGCUAUCGACGAAAAGAGAAAGCUGGCAGGCGCUGGAAUGAAACAGGAAGGCAGAAUCCUGGACAUUCUGCUGAAUAACUAUGAGGGUCUAGAACCGUCCAAAGGGAAGAUGUUCCCUUCAUCGAUACUGGUCGGUUCUAAGGAUUAUCAGGUUAGAAGAAGAUUGGGAAAUGGCAGUCAGUAUAAGGAAGUCCAGUGGAUGGGAGAAAGCCUGGUCGUCAGACAUUUCUUCGGAGAGGUUGAGUCAUUGAUUCCAGAGAUCAGUCAGCUGUCUGCACUAAUGCACCCAAACAUUAUGAAUUUCCUUUGUGCAUUUACUGAUGAAGAAAAGAAGGAAUGCCUUCUAGUCAUGGAGCUCAUGAACAAGGAUCUUGGCAGCCAUAUCAAAGAAGUAUGCAGUCCGAGGAGACGGGUGCCUUUCUCUCUCCCAGUAGCUGUCGACAUCAUGCUUCAAAUAGCAAGAGGAAUGCAGUAUCUGCACUCUCAGAAGAUAUACCAUGGUGAUCUGAACCCAUCAAACAUACUUGUGAAGAUGAGAGGCUCCUCUCUGGAAGGCUAUGUGCAUGUAAAAGUAUCCGGUUUUGGCCUACCAACCGUCAAGAAAUUUGGCCCGCGCAGUCCGACGACUCAAGCAUCCCCUGAUUCAUUUAUUUGGUACGCUCCAGAGGUUCUUGCAGAGCAAGACCAGGGAAGCACAACGAACGCAAGGUACACAGAGAAGGCAGAUGUGUAUAGCUUCGCCAUGAUCUCUUUUGAGCUUUUAACUGGUAAAGUUCCCUUUGAAGAAGGUCAUCUACAAGGAGGCAAAAUGAGUAGGAAUAUAAGAGCUGGCGAGAGGCCCCUGUUUCCAUUUCCAUCACCUAAGUACUUGACAAGUUUAACUAAAAAAUGUUGGCAAGCAGAACCCAGUCAGCGUCCAAGUUUCUCAUCCAUCUGCAAGACCCUGCGGUUUAUCUCUCGUUUUCUGGCACUGAAUCCUGAUCAUAGUCAACCUGAGCCAAUUGCACCAGCAAUUGAUUACUGUGAACUUGAAACAGUUCUUUCAAAAAAUGUAGCUGGAUGGGCACACUCAGAGACCACCCGAGUGGCAGAUGUACCCUUUCAGAUGUUUGCUUACAGAGCUGCAGAGAAGGAAAGGAUAACCAUAAACUUGAAAGACAAAAACUCAGAGUCCGGAAGUGAGGCAUCGGUCUGCGAGGACGACAGCACUCCCACACCAGAGGAUCCUUUUUCUACACCAGUUGCACUGUCUAAUUCACCUUCCAGUUCAGACAACAUCAGGAAACCAUCCACCAAGAAAUCGGGAGAUGCAAAAGCCAGCAAAACCUCAGGACAACAAAACAAAGCGAGAACGCAAAGACCACCUCAGUUAGCAUGCGGCCGAAGUAUGAGGAUGAACUCAGAAAGUCAAUUGCAGCCGAUGGUUAUGAGCCCAAACAGGCGAAGAAGAUCCGGUCAUGUCUCUGAUUCUGAGAUUGCUUAGGAAUAGACAUAAUUUUGUGCUGCUCAAACAAAAUAUCACGAACUCAGAGAGCCAGUUGCAGCCCAUGGCCAUGAGCCAAACAGGCGAAGCUGAUCCGAUCAUGUCACUGAUUCUGAGAUUGCUUAGCAAUAGACAUAAGUUUGUGCUGCUUAAGCAAAAAAUUAUGUGAUUAUCUCCGGUUGGCAAUUUGUGGAUAUUUAACACAAGUUUCCAUGUUGGUCGUUAGCGUUUUAUCUUUAUCGACUUUCGAAAAAGCCCCUUUUAACUGUGAAGCGGGGAGAUGUUAACCUCUGUAUGGAGAUUCGUAUAUUACCAAUCACAGAGAUUUCAGCUUUUGAAAUCUCCCUCUC